AUGUGGAGCUCUGAAGAUCCUGUUAUCUUUGAUUCUUAUGCCAACCUGCAACUGGUGGCAUUUCUCCUGACAGGCAAUAUCAUUCACUCAGACUAUUAUUAUCAUCGCAGAAACCCCAAAUUCCUGCACAUUAAAGACCAUCCAUGUCUCCAAAGACACGAAGAGAGUGAAUGGACGUGCAUAGUCAUGCUGGCUAUCAAACAAGUUGCUCGCCAGAAUAAACCAACAAAACCACAAAAUGACAAAGCUAGAGAACACUUUGAGAGUUUGAUUAAGGCUAUGGAAGCAACAAUUAAUGACAUCGCACCCCAUUUCGAGGUCGCGGUGCCUUCUAUCAACACCUUCUACAUGGUAGAUUUAGGCAAUGUACUCAAAAGCCAGACCAAGACCCAAAUGCAGCCUUGCUGGAUGCUAGCCGUCAUUGCUCAGCUCUGGGCACCUGUGGUACUAGACACAGGAGCCUGUGAGUCUCUGAUUUCCGACAUGUACCAGGGCCUUCUGUUCUCCGAAACCAAUUUGCAGGAUGCAGAAACAAUGGCUUUCAAUGGCAUUGGUGGACGUAUCUCAUCUACCAAGACAGUAUGCCUCAAAACUUCCCUCAGAGGCUGUGGAGGAGAAUACCUGACUUUCCAUGCCUACUUUUGGGUCAUUGCAUAUGGGAAACCUCUCAUCAUCCUAGCCAAUGAUGUUCUGGGACAUCUGAAACUCCAAACCUUGGUUCAGGUACCCCCAUUACCCAGUUUUGCGGUGACGCUCAAGAAUCCGGACAUCCUUAUCCCUUGCUCCAUAAUGGAUGAGCUGGACACUGAUCACAUGCAUGGCAUGCCAUACAAGACCAAGCAGGGUGAAUUCAUGAAGGAUGUGUCAAUGCCACGGCUGACCAAAGCCAAAGCUCAGAAGUCUAGAUUAACCAUGUUAAUCACGGGACAGACAUGCGUGGCAGCCCAAACUUUUCUCAUUGAAAACCCUCUUGAGGCCACCGCUGCUAGCUCAAUGGCCCCGUUAGGCCUCAAACUGUCCACUGCAACCCAUAAUUCAGUUGCGGACCCCAAAGAGAACAUUUCCAAAGAAGAAUGGCAGACACUUUGGAACAAAUGGAACCUCGACUCUAUGGAGAGGGCUCCAGGGGCCUUCGAAGCCCAAUUAGAAGACGCGGAACAUUUCCACGUUGAUCUCAAGUGA